AAUACAUCAGGCGAACAAAAACCAAAGAAAAAGCGAGAGGAAGUCUAUCUUUGACGUACUGACCAGCGUGCUGUAGCAGUGACGACAUGAGUUGGAGUUUCCUGACGCGUCUCCUGGAGGAGCUCUCCAACCACUCAGCAUUUGUGGGCAAGCUGUGGCUUACGCUGCUCAUUGUGUUCCGGAUUGUACUGACCGUGGUGGGUGCCGAGACGAUAUACAAAGAUGAAGAGAGCGAGUUUAUAUGCAAUACAACCCAGCCUAGUUGCAAAAAUGUGUGCUAUGAUGCAUUUGCACCACUCACGCAUGUAAGGUUCUGGGUUUUUCAGACCAUCGUGAUCACCACACCCACUAUUCUGUACCUUGCCUUUGCCAUGCACAAGAUCGCACGCAUGGAGGACGAUGAUUACAGACCACGGGGUAGGCGCAAACGCAUGCCUUUGGUAAACCGCAGUGCCAACCAAAACUGCGAGGAGGCUGAGGACAGUGGUAAGGAGGACUCCAUGAUCACCGAGGAGAUCGAGCCAGAAAAUGACAAGGAAAAAGAAAAGAAGGAUGAGAGGAAGAAACAUGACGGCUGGAGACGGAUCAAGCGUGAUGGCCUGAUGAAGGCAUACGUGCUGCAGCUUUUAUCACGUGUGGCUUUAGAGGUGGCCUUCCUGUCUGGCCAGUGUCUGCUGUAUGGGUUUGUGGUGGCCCCGUCAUACGUGUGUUCGCGUAGCCCAUGUCCCCACACAGUGGAUUGCUUUGUGUCGCGUCCCACCGAGAAGACCGUCUUCCUGAUCAUCAUGUAUGCCGCGAGCUCCCUCUGCCUGCUGCUCACCGUGCUCGAGAUCUCGCAAUUGGGCAUCAGUGGCGUCCGUGACGUAUUCCAGAGCCGUGCAAGGUGCCGCCACCAACAACAUCAAGCCAGUCAGACGGCCUCGGUCUACCCAUGUUUCAUACCCUCUGGCAACCCAGGUGCAAGAGCUGAAUGCAGUCUUCAUGACUUGGGCCGCGAGUCUCAGGGUGAUGAGGCGUCCUCACGGGAGCUGGGCCAUCUGCGGCGCCACUUGAAUCUAGCACAGCAGCACCUGGAACAGGGUUACCAGGAUGAGGAGGAGACUCGACUGUGA